AAUGAUGUCACUCACUCCACUCCCACGGACUGACACAGUACGAAAAGUGUAAGUAGGACCUACACCAUGUGCAACAACAGGACAUAUGUGUGACACAACAAUGAAAUAAAAAGAAGAACAAAACAAAACAAGCCGGAUCGGGGGAGAUGAAGGAAAGGAAGGGACCGAGAUAAAGAGAAAUUGCCAUCCGGCUCCAGGAAUAGGGAAUAACAUCAAACAGUAGAGAACAAUUGUACUUUUAAAAUUAGAGACGCUGUACGCCGUGCGUAAUGGGGAGUCUUUAGGGGAACCUAAGAGCACAGAGCACACAUGCCGGGGGGCAGAAUGCGCGCGCGAUCUUUUUUUACGCACCAGUCCACGGUAGUGAUGCUUCUUUAUUUUUCUAUAUAUAUUAAGAUGUAACUCCUCCUAUCUCACGUACGAUCUUAGUACUUCAUCAAGAAUCAAACGAAAUUAUAUUUUAAUCACGGAGCACACUGGUGGGGGAAAAAGGCAUUUCCCAUACACUCCGCUGGUUUUUAAAAGGAGAAGAAAGCCAUGGAAGAACAUCACGCAUGAACAGAAUGAUGUGUCCACAAUGGAUGUGACAGAGAUUAUUCUCACCGUGACCAACUCUUCGGAAAAUGCCAGCAGCUCGGGCGCCCUUCGGCCCCCACCUCACUCUCAGGUGGCGGCCGCCUUCAUCAUUUUGGUUGUCACCGUUAUUAUUCUAGUGACAAUCGUAGGCAACGUGCUGGUCGUCGUCGCCGUCUUUACCAGUCGAGCUCUCCGUGCGCCCCAGAACCUUUUUCUGGUUUCUCUGGCGUCCGCAGAUAUCCUUGUGGCCACGCUGGUCAUCCCUUUCUCCCUGGCCAACGAGGUCAUGGGAUACUGGUAUUUUGGUAGCAAAUGGUGCGCCUUCUACUUGGCCCUAGAUGUCCUCUUCUGCACGUCGUCCAUCGUCCACCUUUGUGCGAUUAGCCUGGAUCGGUACUGGUCCGUAACCAAAGCGGUUAGCUACAAUAUGAAAAGGACCCCAAAGAGAAUUAAGUCCAUGAUCGCAGUGGUGUGGGUCAUAUCGGCGGUUAUAUCUUUUCCUCCGCUCAUCAUGACCAAACACGACGAGCAGGAGUGUCUGCUGAACAAUGAGACAUGGUAUAUACUGUCUUCCUGCGUGGUGUCAUUCUUCGCCCCGGGAGUGAUCAUGAUUCUAGUGUACUGUAAAAUAUACAGGGUGGCGAAACAGCGCACAUCGACGGUGUUUGUGGCCAAAAACGGACUGGAAAGGCAGCCCUCACAGUCUGAAACUUGCUUCAUGCGCAAUGACAAGUUUGAGAUGGAGAGCCCGAGCAGCCAGAGCUCGGGGAGCAACCAGCGGCAAGAGGAGCUGGACGAUAUCGAUCUGGAGGAGAGCUGCGCUUCGGAGAAACCCAGGAACUCUCGGUUCUCCAAGCGGAGGAAAGUGGAGGGAUCGGAGUGCUGCCCCAAGCAGAACUGCCGCAUGUCGUGGGCUUCUAACCGCGCCUCGGAGCUCUUCCAGGAGCAGAAGGCCAGGCAGCAUUCCAUCUCCAAAAGCAAAGUGGCGCAGAUGCGCGAGAAGCGCUUCACCUUCGUGCUGGCGGUGGUGAUGGGAGUCUUCGUACUCUGCUGGUUCCCCUUCUUCUUCACCUACAGUUUGCACGCUAUAUGCAGGGACAGUUGCACUAUCCCCGAUGCUCUUUUUAAUCUUUUCUUCUGGAUCGGUUACUGUAAUAGCUCGGUUAAUCCCAUUAUUUAUACAAUUUUUAAUAGGGAUUUCCGAAAGGCGUUCAAGAAAAUUGUAUGCAGGACUGCGAAACGCACGUGAAAGAGCGCUCACUCCGUAAUUCGCCGCGCUAUGCCGGAUUGUGGUCAGCUGCAUAUUCUACGUUUAUUAUUUGUGCCUGUUUAACUUCUCAGUAUAUACCUGUGACUUGAUCAAAACGCUAAUAAUAAAUGCACAUCUCGCCGUGCUUAAAUAUGCUAGUGUCAAACGCAAUUAAGUAAUCGGGAUAUAAUUUUGACUUUGAGAAUGUUGUCAUUGUAAAUUGCGCAAAAUCAACUAAUUUACUAUGAAAAUGUUUACAAACUGGUACAUAAGAUAAUGGGACGGCAUAUUUGGGUAUUAUUGUAAGAUGCAGCCAGUUUACUGAGAAAUGAAGGUUUUUUUUUGUCCAGAAAUAUACGAUAAACUAUUUUGUCUCACGUUA